GAUGGGACACUGGCUGACACUCUCUAUAAGCAUGUACGCAUUUUGUGUUGGGUCAUGACCGGCCCUAAUAACCUUGAGAAGAAAGCUCGGCAUGUGAAAGCCACAUGGAGUCGCCACUGCAACAUUGUGGUCUUCAUAAGCUCUGUGGAUGACCCUGAUUUUCCUACGGUUGGCCUAAACACCAAGGAAGGUCGGGAUCAGCUGUACUGGAAAACCAUUCGUGCUUUCCACUACGUCAUGGACAAGCACGGGGACGAGGCAGACUGGUUUCUCAAAGCGGAUGACGACACUUACGUGAUCGUCGACAACCUGCGCUGGAUUCUGGCCAGCCACUCUCCAGAGGACCCGGUGUAUUUUGGCAGACGGUUUAAGCCAUACGUAAAACAGGGCUACAUGAGUGGUGGCGCAGGUUAUGUGCUAAGCAAAGAGGCCCUGAGGAGGUUUGUGGAAGGCUUUCGUACCAAAGUGUGCACUCACACUAGCUCAGUGGAGGACCUAGCUCUAGGUCAGUGUAUGGAGAAGGUAGGCGUUGUGGCAGGAGACUCCAGAGACACCUUACAAAGAGAGACAUUCCAUCCUUUCGUACCAGAGUCCCAUCUCACUGGCACAGUUUCUAAGACCUUCUGGUAUUGGAACUACUGUUAUUACCCCAUUGUGCAGGGCCCACAGUGUUGCUCAGACCUGGCCGUUUCUUUCCACUAUGUGGAUCCGUCACACAUGUACCUGCUGGAAUACUACACUUACCACUUGCGUGCCUUUGGCUACAAAUACCGCUAUCAGCCCCCUGAACCCAAUGUCAUACAAGACUUUAAUGCCCCAGACAAAGUGGAAACCGGAGACAUAGAGGAAAAGCUGGGGGUAGAUCAACAGGAAGGAGAAAAGAAAUCCCCCGAACUUAAUGAAAAGUUAUAGUAGCUUUUUGCAUAGGAAUUUUUAAAAAUAACAUUUAAAAUCUUCUUCCAAAAUAACUGUUUUUGGGGUGGCUUUACAUUUUUUGGAUAAUGUCUUCUAUAUUGUGCCACAGAAAUGUGUGCAUGACAUGUUUGUGUGAUUUAAUGAACUGCUACAGUUUGAGAGUCUGUUCCUCUCAAUAAUGUAUUUGUAUGUCAAUGUUUAAAUAUAUAUGACAGUGCAGAAUCGUAUGGUUAUGAGUGUAGGAGUCUGCCUUAACAGUAUAAUAACAUUGGAUAAUAUUUUGGGGCCACAAGCAAGGCUGCAUCUGCAUACAUUAUACUUGGCAUUCAGUUCUAUUUUUUUUCCUAUAUAUAUAAAAAUAGCAAUUGCGUGUUUGCUCUGCACUGUGUAAUCAUAAACACCACCAUGUAUGAUUUAACGGCAGUGACAUAAGUAAAAGAGGCCUUGAUUUUCCUUUAAUUUGCUC